AUGCUCGUUACUUAUGAGUUUUCCUGGACGAUUACGAACGCGGUUCACUUGGCUUUGACGUUGGUUUAUAUCCACUGGCUCAAAGGGUCACUCUAUGAUCAACAAGGCGAAAUGGAUCAUUUGACGAUUUGGGAACAGCUUGAGGGCACACAGGACACGAAAACAGUCCGCGAAGUUCUACUGAUUGUACCAACAGUCUUGACCUAUAUGGCCUGUCACUUUGCCGACUACGAUAAGCAGACCUGUGUGGUGAAUAUUGUGUUUUGGUGUGUGGCCGUUCUAGCCAAGCUACCCUUUAUGAAUGGAGUGCGUCUGUUUGGUAUCAAU